AACAAAACACACCAAGGAUCAGAUCUGACUUAUCACUGCAUACGUACACCCUUAGUUUCACUUUUCUGUUUAAAUGUUUUUCUGGCUCUGAAUUUCUUUUCUCACCCCACCCUUCAUUCUUAGCAAAGCCCCGCCCAUUCCAUCAGAGAUGUGUUGGGGUCGUUUGAGUAAAGAGAAAUUGCAGUAUUGCUAAAUGCAUGCUAGUUGUGGUGAAGAAACAAGCUGAUUGUCUAACAACUAGCAGUCAUUUAUUGCCAAAUGAAUUACGUGUCACAUUUAUUUAUUUAUUUUUAAACAGGAAACGGCACAAACAUUAAUCAUAAAGAAUGCCAUGUCAGACAUGGGCUUGUUUUUUUGCAAUGUUAUUAAUUACUGAGAAUCGUGGUAUGGUUGAGAGUUCUCCUGCCAUAUGAGACUGAAGAGAACCAGCACAGAGAGAUCUGGAGAGAAAGUUCCACUGUAUGUAAUGUAUUCUCUUGCUAUUUGUUUGCUAAACCUGAGGGUGGGGUCUGGGUCAGGAGUAGUCAGAGCUGCAGGAUGUUCUCCAGUUUAAUCGUUUGUCUAUUACGUAAUAGAUAUCUGUCUUUUAUCAAGUAAAUUCUAGCUAGGUCAUCCAUCCAUCCAUCCAUCUAUCCAGUUGGUUGAUCAGACUGUCUGUCCAACCAUUCAUUCCUCUAUCUAUCCGUCCAUCUGUCCAUCCUGUUGAUUGAUCAGUCAUUCCAUCUGUCUGUUUAUCCAUUCAUCCAGAAGCUCUGCAUCUCAUUUGCUGCAGGUCAUAACAGCAAAAGGGAACUCUUGAGUACGACAGAUGUACUACAGAUGCUUGCUAUGAAGGGGUUGAAUAAUUUUGACUGCAACUGUGUCUAUGUUCCGGCGAUCAGUGUUAUAGCUACUGAUUCUGUUAUCAUUGAUUUAUAUACUUUAAGACUGUUGUUGUGGUGAGAAGGAUGUUCAGUGCAUCAGAGUUAGCAGGAUUUGAGAGAAGGAUGGAGAAGAGAGAAAUGAAACAGGAACAGUGUAAUUGAAACAGGAACAGCAGUACUUUUAUUUCGCUUGGUUAGACAUGCGGCUUAUAUAAAGACUGUCCCAGACAGCCAAAUGAAGUGUUGCUGCUGUAUGAACCGGAGCUGCUGUAGUGACCGUAGUGUCAAGCGACUGUCGGGAUUUAAAACCAUGUUGUGCUGCGAAGUCUACGCAGAGGUGAGACCGGAGCUCUUCUCCACAGAGACCAAGAUCCAAAACUCUGACCGAACCAUGGACCUAGGGCUGGCCGAGGACCAUUUUUCACGACCUGUGGGUUCUUUUGUGGCGUCAGACAUCGAGCAGCUGAAGCAGGCUAUAGAGGAGUGUAAGAAACUGAUCUUGGAGCUGCCGGAACAUUCUGAGAGACAGAAGGACACCGUGGCCAAACUCAUCCACCUUCGCCUCAAACUCCAGGAACUGAAGGACCCGGAGGAGGACGAGCCCAAUUUGCGGAUCCUGCUGGAGCAUCGCUUCUCUAAGGAGAAGAGCAAGAGCGUCAAACAGACGUGUGAUAAGUGCAGCACCAUCAUCUGGGGUCUUAUUCAGACCUGGUACACGUGCACAGGUUGUUACUACCGUUGCCAUAGUAAGUGCAUGAAUCUCAUCACAAAGCAGUGCGUGAGGUCUAAAGUGAGCCACCAGUCGGAGUACGAACUAAACAUCUGCCCAGAGAUCGGCCUGGACAAACAGGAUUACAGAUGUGCCGAGUGCCGAGCCCAGAUCUCUCUCAGAGGCAUCCCGAGCGAGGCGAGGCAGUGUGACUACACGGGACAGUACUACUGCAACAGCUGCCACUGGAACGACACCGCCAUCGUCCCUGCACGUGUCAUUCACAACUGGGAAUUUGAGCCUAAAAAGGUGUGUCGCUCGUCCAUGCGUUAUCUGACGCUUAUGAUCUCCCGACCUGUGCUGAAGCUGAAGGAGAUAAACCCACUACUCUUUAACUUUGUAGAGGAACUGGUGGAAAUCAGGAAGCUGCGUCAGGAUAUAUUAUUGAUGAAGCCCUACUUCAUCACUUGUAAAGAGGCCAUGGAAGCCAGACUGCUGCUGCAGCUUCAGGAUCGGCAGCACUUUGUGGAGAACGAUGAAAUGUACAGUCUACAGGACCUGAUCGACAUCUCCAGCGGUCGUCUCAGCUGCUCUCUCACCGAGAUACACACCACCUUCGCCAAGCACAUUAAACUCGACUGUGAGCGAUGCCAGGCCAAAGGUUUCGUGUGUGAGCUGUGCAAGGAGGGGGAUAUUCUCUUCCCGUUCGACAGCCACACCUCAGUGUGCCACGACUGCUCUGCUGUUUUCCACAGGGACUGUUAUUAUGACAACUCUAUGACGUGUCCACGAUGCGCCCGGAUGACCGAGCGGAAGCAGGACGAGCUGGCGGAGCUUUAGAGACGGGUUCUAACAGACGGGUUCUAACAGACAGGUUCUAACAGACGGGUUCUAACAGACUUUCACUGUGACAGCACCACGAUCAGUGCUGAAACCGGCAUUGUGAGCAUGCUUUCUUUACAGGACUGUGUUCCUGUAUACUUUUCUCUAUCUGCUGUCUUUCUUAUUCUCGUGUGCUUUUUGUGCAUCUUUGUAACACUACAGCAUCGGUGAAGGCAGGAGAGACAAGAACGAGAUGCGUGGUAGAGGUUAACUUGUACCGUCGGCAAUACAGCAUUCGCGAUGAGCUCUAUGAACACGCAGGACUGAACAUGGAACACUACAAGUGUUGUAAGGAUUUUAACUGGUUUAACACCGGUUUCCGUAUAAAACCGUCUGCCAUAACCGAGCCUUAUUAAUGAGAUCGUUUUAAUGAGGUGCUUUCACACUUUUUUUUUUGUUUUGUUUAAAGGUUGGUGUAACUCUGGCGAUGAGGAGGCGGUUUGGAGAAUUUAAGCUGUUUGUACGACAGUCGCGUACUGGUGAACAUCCUGAAAAAUAGACACAGAGUUAUUUUUUGUUGGGAUAUUGGGAGUGAAAUAUUCUCAUAUCAGCAUCUCUCAAUCACUGUAAAUCACUUUCCUCUCGAUUUGCAACCUGAUUUUCUGAAAUGUUGAAGUUGCCAAGAUGUUUUUUUUUUUGUUCCAUUUCAACUUUGGACUAUUGCUGAUGAAAUAUUUUCAUAAAGCUCCUUAUAUUCACUCACUAACAAGACUAAGUUGUUGAGCGAAUAUGUUCUCCCAUGUUAGUUUUCCCUUCUUGCCCCACAACUUGCAACCUGAUUGGUCAGGAGGUAACGAAGCACUUCACGUUACUCCAUGCUGCAUGGUGACGUCAGAGCUUUUUGGUCACGCCCCUCUCACGUUGUGUUCGCUUCCCUAAGCGUUACAUAUAAAACGUGUGAGUUACAAAAAAAAAAAAAAAGUAUGAAAGCACCUUUAUAUUUAAAAGCUGUUUAUUAUAGCACAGUAUAAUAUAUUUCUGUAUUUAUCUCUGCAUUGUAGUUCCAGGGACCUGGCAGUGUGUAUGAUGUGCAGGAGCAACAGAUUUCUCUUUGCCAAACGUUGAUCAAAAUCAGUGUCAAGAAUAUUGACGUAUCCGAGCACCCCAUUUUAAGAUUACGUUGAUUAUUCGUAUGCCAAUUAAACUGAAUAAGGAGUAAAAGAGGAGUAACGCUCUAUACACAAUGUAGUGUACGUCUCUGAGGCUCUUAAUCAGUAUGUUGUCAUUUUGAGGCAGGCGAUACCUCAGAAUGUAAUGGUUUCUGCACUCUUUAUUAUUUGUUCUAAAAUAAUAUGGAAUAUGCUGUGUUACCUUUCAGCAUGCCACUUGUUUUUUCGUUGUAUUUUUUGUUUUGUUGCGCUGUGAUAUAACAGACGUUGUGGUGUCAAGUAUUGUAAAGUUAUUCAAUGUGAAGUGACACUUAUGAAAGACACGAGUAAAAUUAAUAACUGUC